AAGCAGAUAAAUGAAGAUUUUUAUACUAAAAGUGAUCAUACUUUUAUUAUGCGUUAACGGAAUACGCAGUGAAUGUGAUGUGUGUCAAAGUUCAAAUUUUGUCGCCUGUCAUAAGGAAAACGAAUAUUCGUUAUGUAUUGAUGGUGUUCCCACCGAAGAUUUUAUAACAUGUCCUGAAAAUUAUGUUUGCACUCCCGAUCCUUAUGUCUGUUAUCCCCUGCCCGAAGCCAAGCCAAGUUGUGUGCGUCACACCCAUUUGUGUGGUGUAUGCAGUGAGAAUAAGGUUUACGCAUGUAUAAAUGAAACGACAAUUGCCUUUUGUUAUGGUGAAGAUAAACCAGUUGAAGGUGCUGAUGUUUCCUAUUGUUUAGGAGAUACUGUUUGUGAUAUCUACAGUACAAAAGGAUUUUGUACUGAAAGUUAUUUGGCUAAGCCAAGUUGUGUAACGUAUCCAAAUGAUAAUGAUUACGAUGAUCCGGGCUCAGUAACUACAACUGCUGAACCGACAACCACUACAAGUGAACCAACUACUACAACUACUGAGGCAACUACAACCACCACCACAACAACAACUGAGCCAACAACUAUUGAGGCAACUACAACCACCACGGAACCGACAACUACUACAACUAUGGAGCCAACUACAACAACCACAAGUACAGAAGCAACUACUACAACUACUGAGGCAACUACAACCACUACGGAAUCGACAACUACAACCACUACAACUGAGCCAACUACGACAACCACAACUACAGAGCCAACUACUGAAGCAACUACAACGACCACGGAACCAACUACUACAACCACUAUGAAGCCAACUACAACAACCACAACAACAGAACCAACUACUACUACUACUGAGGUAACUACAACCACUACGGAACCGACAACUACAACUGAGCCAACUACGACAACCACAACUACAGAGCCAACUACUACAACAACUGAACCUACAACUACAACUACAGAACCUACUACAACAACAAAGGAGCCAACUACUACUACUACUACAACGGAACCAACAACCACAACUACCGAACCAACAACCACAACCACUGAAUCGACCACCACCACUACAACAGAACCGACAACAACAAGUACAACAACAACUAAACCUUCUGGUCCCGUCGACCCUGACAUUUUUUGCAAAGAUGCGGGAACAACUGGUUCCUUUUAUGCAGGCGAUCCAAAAUGCAUGACUUUCAUUUUAUGCUUCGAAAUGAACAACGCAAUUCGUGGAUUAAUUAGAAAAUGUCCAAAGGAUCAAUAUUUUCCGCCAGGUGCAGAUAAGUGCUCAGCGCCUAAGCCAGAUAUUUGUAAAAAUAAAAUGAAAAUAUUAAUUAAAAAAUUGUUUAUUUUAGUGAUUUGUGUGGCCUGUGUUCAGAGUGAUUGUGAUGUGUGUCAAAGUUCAAAUAAUGUGGCCUGUCAUAAGGAAAAUGUAUUUUCUUUGUGUAUAAAUGGCAUACCCACUGAAGAUUUCAUAACAUGUCCUGAAAAUCAUGUUUGCACGACCGAUCCUAAUGUCUGUUAUCCUCUGCCUGAGGCCAAGCCUACAUGUGUUCGCAAUUCAAAUCAAUGUGGUGUUUGUAACAAAAAUAAUGUCUAUGCAUGUGUAAAUGAGACAACAAUUGCUUUUUGCUAUGGCGCAGAUAAACCUGUUGAAGGUGCAGAUGUCUCGUAUUGUCUGGGGGAUACCGUUUGUGAUAUUUAUAGUCAAGAUGGUUUCUGUACAGAAAGUCAUCUUAGCAAGCCAAGUUGUGUUACAAAUGAUGAUUCAACGACAACAGAAACCUCCACUACAGAAUCAUCUACAACAACGACUACAACAGAAACCUCUAAUACAGAAUCGACAACUGAAUCAUCAACAACAACGUCAGAACCUGUAACCGAAACUACAGAUCCUACAACCACUACUACAGACUCUAUAAUUACUACGACAGAGAUUCCAUCUACAACAACAACAUCAACGCCAACAGUCCCAUCUUUACCUCGCGAUCCUGAUACUAUUUGUAAGGAUGCUGCUACUACUGGUUCAUUUUAUGCAGAUGAUCCCACUUGUACUACCUUCGUUGUGUGCUACAUUUCCGGAACCUCGUUAGCUGGCAUAAAAAAGAACUGUCAAUUAGGGCAAUAUUUUCCUCCCGGUGCUAAAUUUUGCUCAGCUCCUAAACCAGAUUGUCUAGUUUUAGUUGCUGCUUAUCAAAUCGAAGCAGUUUGUGAUGAUGAUUUUGAUAAGAUCUGUGGACAGCGUACUAUAGGAACUUUUCCAUAUGAUUGUGAUAAAUCCUGCACCAAAUUCAUAAUAUGUUUUAAUAUGAAUGAUAAACCAAAAGGACUAUUAAAACUCUGCCCAAGCGGACAAUACUACGAUAGUUCGCAUAGACUAUGCACCGAUCAUAAACCGGACAACUGUUCUUAAAUUUCAACAAUCAUUACGGCAAUCAGUCAACUUUAAUAAGCAAUACAAUCUAAAGGUCUUGUUUUUUGACACUUUUGCGUAGCGGCAUUAAAGUAACCAUCACAAUAGUAAACCCAACCCAAAUAUUGUCCCGAUAAAAGAUAACAGUAGACAUAUCUGAAAUAAAUGGUUAAAAAUAAAAACAAAA